UGCUCUUCUCUAUGAGUGUUGAAGAUCCAUCCUCCUCUGCCAGUCUCAAAAGAUGGCCAUGAUCUUAGAAGCCUUUGUGGGAAAAUUGUUUGACAAUCUUUCAGAAUUUAUCUGGGGAGAUAUUUCCAUUAUGCGAGAUGUGCAGGACGAGCUCAAGCAGUUUCAAAGAAGAAUAGAGAGGCUAAGCGGAUAUCUUGAAUCAACAGAGCAGAAGAGGCAUGAUGACCGGACUAUCAAUAACUGGGUGGUGGAGUUGAAAGAUGUCAUGUAUGAUGCGGAGGAUAUCAUCGAGCGUUGUAUGAUCGAGGGCAGAAUAUUGUUGGAAAAUCAUCCCUCCACAUUAGCGGUACGCGACACCUCAUCUUCAUUUUAUUCCCCUGGCUUCCUCAAGUUCAAGCAUGAAAUUGGUAAAAAAAUUAAAGAACUUAAUGAUAGGCUAAAAGAGAUUAACAAGGAUAGAUCAAAAUCUGCACUAAAAUACUCUAGGCAAAGUGCUCUAGAGGGUAGAGUAAAUACCCGUCAAACUUUUCCCAGUGUGAUUAAGUCUGAUAUUGUAGGGGCAAAAAUUCAGGAGGCUACCCAAAGUCUCGUGGAGUUAUUAAUUAAGGAGGAUAAUAAAAAAUACCGAGUUUUGGGAAUUGUUGGGAUGGGCGGAAUAGGCAAAACCACUCUUGCUUCUAGCAUUUACAAUGAUGAAAGGAUAAAAAAGAACUUUUCUAUACAUGUAUGGGCAUGUGUUUCCAAGGAAUUUUCAGAAAUAAAAUUGCUGAAAGAUAUAAUUAGGGGUGCGGGUGGAGAAUAUAAGGAGGAUGAAACUAAGGCGGAGCUCGUACCCCGUCUUUCCUCUAUACUUUCAAAAAGAUUCUUCAUUAUAUUAGAUGAUAUAUGGAGGACAGAAUUAUGGGAGGAUUUGCUUAGAAUAGCUUUGGAAAAUGCAACAGCUAAUGGCAAGAUUGUGAUUACCACUCGGUGUAUAAACGUGGCUAAACAUAUGAGAGCAGAGAUCCACCAUGUUGAUAAAAUGGAUGAUGACAGUGGCUGCGAAUUGCUCCGUAAGAAAGUCUUUGGAGAUGAUGAGGAGGAGGAGGGGGAGAUCUCUAGCUUAAGAGAAAUCGGUGUUAAAAUUGUUGAAAAGUGCGACGGUCUUCCUCUUGCAAUCAAGGCCAUUGCUGGGGUUUUAAGGUCGAAGAAGAAAAGCACCAUGGGAUGGAAUAUGGUUCUCGAAAGUGAUGCUUGGUCUAUGAGUCGACUUGAAGAAGAACUCCCAGGAGCUCUAUUUUUAAGCUACGAAGAUUUACCCUCUGAUUUCAAACAGUGUUUUCUUUAUUGCUCGUUGUUUCCUGAGGAUUAUCCCAUGAAUCGCGAUGAGCUUAUUCGUUAUUGGGUGGCUGAAGGAUUUGUAAGAAGAACACAGAGAGAUACGAUUAUGGAAGAUUUAGCAAAGGAUUUCUGUAGGGAGUUAAUCGGGAGGAACCUUUUACAGCCAUGUGAUGAGUUUGGUCACUUGAGUGACGUAGCUGGCAAUUACUGCAAGAUGCAUGAUCUGCUACGUUCCCUUGCUCAUUCUUUGAUACGUGAUGAGAGCAUUUUUCUUGGUGAUCAUGAGCAAUCACCUAACACAAAUCCUCUGAGUAAACUACGUCGUUUGUCAAUGGUUAACACAGGGGAGAGACUAGAAGUUCCUGAUGCAAUAAAACAGCAAAAAUGCCUAAGAACUCUUCUUGUUUGGAAUAGUUAUGAGACAAAGAUGGUCGAGAAUGAAGUUUUUAAAAAAUUGAGGUUUCUGCGAGUCAUGGACCUAAGCAGCACGAGACUCGAGAGCCUCCCAGACUCCGUAGGAGACCUUUUGCAUCUGAGAUAUUUAAAUCUUCGUUGGUCGAGAAUCAAGGAGUUGCCAGAGUCCAUCGGAUGCCUUGUAAACCUACAGCUAUUGAACUUGGUAUCUUGUAGAUCCUUGCAUACUCUUCCUAAGGCCAUCACAAAAUUGUACAAUCUCAGAUGCCUUCGUCUUGAAGGAACAUCAUUAACUCAUGUGCCAAAGGGAAUAGGCAAAUUAAAACAUCUGAACCAUCUUGAAGGAUUUGUGAUCGGGCAUGAUGUUAGAAGAGAUGAUGAGGGGUGUGAUUUGAAGGAGCUGCAAUCUCUCUCCCAGCUGAGAUUCCUGGAGAUAAACAGAUUGGAGAGGACACAACCAGCGGGAGCUCCGGUAUUCGCAAACAGCCGCUUUCUGAAGACACUGAUUUUGAAUUGCAAAGAACAGGAAGAUGACGCAGAAGCAACCGCAAUCCAGAAAAUUGACACCAUUUACACUGACCUGUCUCCUCAAUCCACCCACCUACACAGACUUGAGAUCAAUUACUUCUUUGGUACUAGGUUUCCCAGCUGGAUGAUGUCAACUUCCUUGCAUGUCUCUUUUCCUAACCUGACGGAAAUAACACUUUCUGUUUGUAAAUCAUGUCUGCAACUUCCUCCACUGGGCCUGUUGCCCCACCUGAAAUCCCUUUACAUUUAUGAAGCAGAAGCUAUCAAAACCAUCGGACCUGAAUUUCUUGGCCCCCGUGCGUCAUCAGCAGCAACUUCAUUUCCCAAGCUUGAAGUGCUGUGGUUUUGGUGGAUGUCCAACUGGGAAGAAUGGUCGUUUGGUAUGGUGGAGGGGGUUGGUGAAGAAAGAAGAAGAGCCCCCAAGUUGCUGCCUCGUCUAAUGAGGUUGACACUUUAUACUUGUCCCAAGCUGAGAGCUCUUCCAGAAGGCCUACAGCAUGCCACCAAUUUACAGGAAUUGACUAUCUGUAGAGCCGACAACCUAAAAGAAAUCAACAACCUUCCCUCAUUGAAAUAUCUGAAAAUAGGCGAUUGUCCGAGGUUGGAGCAGGUGGAGAAUCUUGAUAAGUUGCAAGUUCUGAUAGUAAUAUUAUCUCGUUCCACAGAGACAUCCACCACCGAUGCUGAUGGACGGACAGAGCACCUCCCACAGUGGUUAUUGGAGCUACUCCAAAAUGCUCCGACUGCUAUGCAGAAUCUUAAAAAAUUUAAAGUAAGAUGCAGCUUACCACUCCUUAAGACCUUCCUCAAGGACGGCCCCAACUGGCCCAUCAUUCAGCUGAUCCCCCAGGUCGAGAUGGAAGACUUUGUGCAGCUAAACCGCAGCUCAUUAUAUAUUCGGUAUGCCAAGGACCCUCCCUCUUUCGAAACCAACGUGGUGGAAUCAGAAGAAUCAAUGGACCGAUAAAGCAAGGGGUCCACAUGCAAGCAUCCUCUUUUCAUUGAGAUACCAGGAGGAUCACCGGCUACUCAGGAUUUUUCUUAUCUUUCGCUUGAUGCUUUUUCCCCCUCCUUUCAUGGUUCCGUUGUUUGAUUUAAAUCUUUCUGUUUGAUUUUAUUUUGCCUUCUGUAAUUUCUAUUUCCUGGAGUUCUGAUACAUUUGUAAUUUUCCUUUUCCUGUUGUUUUGAUGACAUUAUCAUUUGCUGGUGUGUAACUUUUAGAAAUUUGUAUGCAAUAAAUCAGUAGUUUUUCUCCCA